AUGGCCGGUCGCGAAUUGAAGGCGCUGUUGAACAGUGGCGAUCAGGGCGCUACUUACACUGCUACGAUCUCGAUCGCUGGCGCCACUGUGGAGCUCCCCCCCGAGCAGAGGAAGUGCUUCGCCGAUGAUAAGCAUCCCUUCACCACGACCUCCUUCGACUUCCUCGCCUGGUGGUUUCACGGUCGCGUUAACCUGUAUUUCGGGAGCGAUUCAGUCAAGUGCCUCCGGUCGGGGCAGUUGGGAGACCCGACACGCCUCGUGGACCUGGAUAUUUCGUCUUGGAAGACCCCUUGCGGGCCACUCGCAUGUGGGUACGUGUUUGACAGAGUUGUAAACGAGCUAGACGCGAAUGUUGGACACGAAUCAGCGCCACGCAUCGCCAAGCCAAUUGCCAGGACAUUGACCACAUUGCGGCAAUAUGCGAAACGCGCCGCGGAGGAGCUCGCGUUCAAGUCUAGGUGCGGGAUUGCGGACGGUCACAGGGGGGAAGCUCACGGUAAUGAGGGUUUGAGGUCGCACGAACAGCCCGUGGGAUCACAUGUUUCAGGCCGCUACGAACUCGCUCUAAAUACUGCUUUCGCGCUCGCGAAUGCAGGGGAGGGGGCUGAAGUGACCGCGGAACCCGGGAAGCCGGACAACAAGGAGGAGGGCUCGAGCUCUGACCGUGACGAGGAUGACCCUGAGAACGCGCAUCAGGGUGGACGUGACAAGAAUGCAGCGGAAGAGGCAGAUGGCCAGGGUCGCGGACAGGUUGAAGGGGAUGCAGCGAAGCGCGAUGAUGUCGCGAUGGAUAACCAGGGCGGUGAUUUGGAGCUGGAGGGUUCGGACGAAAUGGAGCAAGAGGACGACGAAGAGGAGGAGGAGGAGGAAGAGGAGGAGGAGGAGGAGGAGGAGGAGGAGGAGGAGGAGGAGGAGGAGGAGGAGGAGGAGGAGGAGCAGGAGGAGGAGGAGGAGGAGGAGGAGGAGGCCGAGGAAAUCGCGGUGAACACAGAGGGGCGGGCUGAGGUCGCGGUCACGGGUGCAGGAAAGAGUAUUCGCAGUCUACAUGCUGCGCUGUCCCCCCGUUUAGGAAGCGCGACCCCAUCAUGCGAGGUCGCGGGCAAGAGCCCGGUCGCGGGAAAGCGGAAAUACUCGGAGCUGGUGAAGAUGCAGCCUGGUAAGUUGGCCAAUGAAAUCCUCCGCUUGGACGAGCAGGUGAAGAAUCAGAAGCGCCGACUCACCAAGCUGGAGGAGGUCAUGUCCGCAAAGCCUGGUCAGGAAGCUGCGGUCGUGAUCACGCAGAGUUACGAGGAGCUCGCGGCCACGGUGGAGAAGGUGUUGCAUCAUGUCCAGAGCGCGGAACGGGCGAUGCUCAAGGAGACCAAAGCUGCCGCGAAGGAAAUGGCAGAGAAUCGCGACCUGAGGGAGGUGAAGAAGUUGACGGACGAGGUCGCCCGGAAGAUCGACAACGCGUCAUCCAACAUUGCGGCCACCUUCGAACGCGCGAUCACAACAAGCGGCGUCACCAACGCUCUCAACAUCGUCAUCGCCCUGCUUUCCGGUCGUGAGGAUCCACGACUGGGCACAGAUGGACCGCAGGGGAAGGGAUCAGACGAGGUCGCGGAGAAAGAGGCAGGGAAAAGGGGCGCGGAGAAAGAUACAGCGAAGGAGGAGACAGUGAAGAAGGCGGCGGACAAGGAGACAGGUAAGAGGGUCGCUGACAAGGAGACAGGGAAGGAGCAAGGGGGGAGCGGUAGAUCUGCGUGCAGGCUGUUGCCGAAGGGAACCACCAGGGGGGAUGUUGCUGCGGGACCACCGCCUGCCCCCUCGGCAGUGGAAGUUGUUAAAGGCAAGGCUAAGGUUGAGGACGCCCCGCCGGCCACCACCACCACCACCACCACCGCGCUAGUGCCCGCGGCAGGCAACACCGCUGCGGUCGCGCCCGGGCAGCCUGGACCCAGCUCCACUGCCCCUGCAAUCCCCCCAUCCGCAGAUGCCAAGGCGACGAAUCAGGGUCGCGGUGGUUGUAAGCCGCCUGCAGGCGCGUUGAAGGUGGACCACGACUACGACGACGACUCGGACGCGGACGACGAGGUUCAGCUGGUGCUGCAAAGGCUCGUAGGGCCGAGCGACAACAGCGGCACUAGCGGCAAGCGCAAGGGAUGUGGAGAGGGGAUGGUGGGCGAACCGUGGCUGGGGGGGAGACGUCGCUGGCUGGGACAUCACUCCCUCCAAGAGGUGCAGUACCUGACCGCGAUCGCGGUCAUGUGUUACGACAAGAAGAUAGACCCUGGGCUCAAGCUGACUGCGCAGCAGAAAAGUGAGUGGGCCGAGGACAUCCUGCUUGUCCACCCUGCUUGUCCACCCUGGACAGUCGCAUCUAGCUACUCUAGUGAUGCAUCAAUGGACCGGACGCGCACAAGCAUCCAUUUCACUCGCAACUGCACCUCCGCAGGAGACCCCUUCUUGAGAUGUGACGGAUCGAGCCCUACAGUCUUCUUCUUUACCGUGGUCCCAUCCUGCAUGGACAGAGCGCGGGAGCAUGCGUGUGAUGGUUGGGCAUUUACGUAG